UUCAAACAUCAAUUUGAUUUUGUCUCCGCAAACUGCAACAAAAAGAAAAAAAAGAAAAGAAAAAACUUCCUCCUUCAAACCCUAAACUAGGGUUGCUCUGAAAAUCCCUUCUCCUCAACACAAUGGGAAAUUUCAAUAUGCUCCCAUUCGAAAUCAUUUUGGAAAUUUUAUCCCGUGUACCAGCAGAAUCUAUUCUCGUGUGCAAAUCGGUGUCAAAAUCAUGGAGAGAUGUUGUUCAACACCCAUCCUUCUCACAAAGGCACUUGAAUCAUCUCAAUGGUCUCGAUUCCGAUGAUUCUUCAGGUCUUUGCUGGCUACUUCCAGGAAAGUGGAGUAAUAUCUUGGUGGAAAGUCAAGCGCAACACUUAGAGAUUUCUAUGCCACAGUGCAAUCAGUCUUACAACCGGGAGGGAGGGGAUCCUGGGUUUCUGCACGAUUAAAAGGGCCAAUUAAUAUCGAUGGUAAUGGGAAAACAUCCCUUCCGUCAACUUUUCCGUUUUUUCCUUUCAAGGUUUGCAACUUUUGUAUAUUAGGCUAUGUCACCAUUAGCAAUACUUGCCAAUUUAUGUCUCCUAAGAGAAGGUUCAGUUUGGGGUCACAAAGAACACGGCUUAUCCCCUUAAUCUUUAGAAAAGUAGCAUCCAUAGUUGCAGAAUCUAUUUGGUUCCAAAUUGUGCUAGGUUACUGAGUUUAGUCAAGUACUUCUUUCGUGAUCAACUAUCUGUAUGUAUAAAUGGUGAUUGUAGCUUUUAGUAAUAGUAACUCAAUAAGUUUAGCUGAAUAAGAUGCUUUCAUGU